GCCGCCGGGCAGGAGCUCCGAGGCUGGGCGGCUCCGCUCCGCCGCCGCCGCCGCCGCCGCCGCCAGCGCACCGCGCCAGACCUGACAGGCCGGCCCGAGUGGAGCAGCCGAGAGAGGGACGCGGGCAGCCAUGGCCGAGGCGGCGCCCGCCCGGGCUCCAGAGAGGGAGAAGCAAACAGGGGACGGAAAGCCUUCAACACCUCCAUCGCCCCAGCCGGCUGCUGAGAAGAACUCAUACCUCUACUCCACGGAGAUCACACUGUGGACGGUGGUAGCUGCCAUCCAGGCCUUGGAGAAGAAAGUGGAUUCCUGUCUCGCCCGCUUGCUGACCCUGGAGGGGCGGACGGGGACAGCCGAGAAGAAGCUGGCUGACUGUGAGAAGACGGCCGUGGAGUUCGGGAACCACAUGGAGGGCAAGUGGGCCGUGCUGGGGACCCUGCUUCAGGAGUACGGGCUGCUGCAGAGGCGGCUGGAGAACAUGGAGAACCUUCUGAGAAACAGGAACUUCUGGAUCCUGCGGCUGCCCCCAGGCAGCAAGGGGGAGGUCCCCAAGGUGCCCGUGACCUUUGAUGACGUAGCCGUGUAUUUUUCCGAGCUGGAGUGGGGCAAGCUGGACGAGUGGCAGAAGGAGCUCUACAAGCACGUGAUGAGAGGCAACUAUGAGAUGCUGGUCUCUCUGGAUUAUGCCAUCUCCAAACCAGACAUCCUCACCCGCAUGGAGAGGGGAGAGGAGCCUUGUCCCGAAGGUGUGUGGUGCCAGGAGGAGGGGAAAGAGAGGGAGGCAGCAUGCCCGAGGAGGCUGGGCGCUGAGCUCAUUACCAGCCCAGUGAGCCCUGACCGGAAGGAGCCAAAAGAAAGGCAGGCCCCUGAGAACCAGCAAGCCUCCGGAGAAGGAGUCCCUACGCCUGGAACGAGCACGGGGCCCCCAGCCAGCACCAGCGUUUUGUCCUCAGUUAAACAAGAGGAAGAAUCUUCGGAUGGAGAGUCACCAACCUCCCCUCCCAGGGACGUCCAGCCCGGCAUGGGGCCAGCUGAGGCCACCAGAGUGGUGGGGGAGGUCAGAGAAGAGAGUGGUGGCGGACAGACUGCAGAGAAGACCAGAGGUGCUGGUGGAGAUGUGGUCAUCAAGACAGAAGCACAGUCUGAGGAGGAGAUGAUGCCGGAUCAGCUUUUCCUGGGGGUGUCCCCCAGCCAGACGGAGAGCAGAAUCCCCAAGGCGCCCAAGGGCAGGACUGGGGGUCCCCGCCGGCUUCAUGCCCAGGGAGUGCCGAGGGUGCGGGCGGGGGACCCGCGGCAGGCUGGAGCGGGGGGAGAGCCGCCCCGCAUCCUCCCGCGCCGGAGACAGCGGACCUUCCCCUGCCCCGACUGCGGGCAGAGCUUCCGCCUGAAGAUCAACCUGACCAUUCACCAGCGCACCCACGUGGAGGACGAGCGCAGGGAGGACCGGGGCAGCUCGGCCUCGGGUGGGGGGAGGCCCCACUCCACGCUGGAGCCUGGGGAGGUGGUGGUACCCGGCCCUGUCAUCCGCUGGCUCCCCGAGGAGCCCGAGGGCCACCGCUCCCUGGCAGGCCGUCCCUUUGUGGGGCGGAGGCCGGCGGCCACCAAGGUGUACCACUGCAGCGAGUGCCUGCGCUUCUUCCAGGAGCGCAAGAGCCUGCUGCUGCACCAGCGCAUGCACACGGGCAACAGUCAGGGCUGGCCGGCCUGUCCCUACUGCGGCAAGGCCUUCCGCCGGCCCUCCGACCUCUUCCGGCACCAACGCAUCCACACUGGCGAGCGGCCCUACCAGUGCCCCCAGUGCGGCCGGGCCUUCAACCGGAACCAUCACCUGGCGAUCCACAUGCAGACUCACACCCGGGGCCAGGCGGGCCCGCACUUUGCUGCUUCCUCUGCCCGCCCGGGGAGCCCAUCCAGACCCCGGCCCAGACACACGGAGGAGGGCUGACCUGGCAGGAGCCUGCAGGGCCACGUGGGCAGGACCUUCUCUCCAUCUGCGGCCUUUCUCCUUGUGCCUGACGCCAUUCCUCGUUCUGGGAUGGCUUUGGAAAGAUUUGUGGGUUUUCUUUCUUUUUUCCAUUCAAAUGGGAAGCAGCAGCCUUUUUGGGGACAGCGUAUGAUGAGGGUGACAGAUGCCUCAAGUUCUUUUCCUAAGUUUGUUCCUCUUUACUACCUUUGCUACAUUCCUUACUUACAAAGGGCCCCUUAAGGAUUAGGGGAUGCCAAGUUUUUGGUGGGGCACUUUGGCGGGUGCCAUGGACUGACAAGCAGACCAGAGACUGUGGGUCUUCCAGUAGGGCUCAAGGAAACAUUGGGGUCCUGGGGUUUUUGUUUUGUACCCAGAGGUCUGGUGCCUGCUGCAACAUGAGAAGCAGCAGAGUGGACCGACAGCCUGAAGAACAGGCACUGGAAAUUUGAGUUUUCUACUUUGCUAUUUUAAAACUUUUAUUUUUUCCUCUUUAUGGAACUUUUCUAGUGUGUUUGUAAGUGUUGUGUGUGGUUGCAAAGGGGCCAACAGCUCCUGAGGGUCAGGAAUUAUUCUGCCACGUGCUUGUGUGGGGGGACAGCAGAGGGGCUGUCCAGCCCUACCUGGGUGUUGACGGGGGUGCCUUGGCUGCUGCCCUGGAAACGAGGCGUCUUCCCAGGUGUACGCCUUGGCCCGGAGUGACUCGCAGCAUUCCUGGUCCCCCCUGCAGUGGGUAUUCACGUCCAUGAUUGACUUUAUCAUUGGAGACGGGGAAACUGAAGCCCAGAGCGGAUGACAUGUCCCCCAAAGCCUCAGUGUUCACGGGUGUGCGUGCUCCAUGGACUGGACCCCAUAUGUCACUGCAGGGGGGCGGCCUCAGGAAGCUCCUGAGAGGAAGACCGUGGUCUGGGUGCGGCUGGUCAGCCACCCUGGACACUGGGGUGGCCGGGCCUGAUUUGACCUGUUAAAGGAAGGGGCUGUCUCCAUGAACUUGGGGCUCUGGCAGAGUUAGGCCAAAAAAUCUGGGUAAGUUUUUUAACCACCUCCAGCCUCACU